AUGGCUGUUUAUCGAGAUUGGUCUUCCCAAGACUCGGGCAUCUGUCCCUCUGACAGUGUGAUUGCCCCACCGCCGCGAGAGCCCUUGGCCGUAAUUGGACUGGCCAGUCGGUUUUCUGGCGAUGCUUCCAAUAGCACGAAACUAUGGCAGAUGUUGCUAGAACAACGAUCUGCUGCUGGUCCAGUCCCAAUGUCAAGAUUCGAUGCCGAUAGUUACUAUCACCCAGACCCGGAUCACGGUGGAACUUCAGCGACGAAAGACGGUUACUUUCUUGAUGGGGAUAUUCAUGCGUUCGAUACGUCUCUCUUUAACCUCACUGCCAAUGAAGUGGCUUCGAUGGACGCCCAGCAAAAGUUGCUCUUGGAGAAUGUUUUUCACGCCCUGGAGAAUGCUGGAUUGCCGUUGGAUCAGAUCGCUGGCUCGCACACUUCGGUGUUUAUUGGAGCAUCCAAUAAUGACCAUCUCGCAUUAGCCAAUGCUGAUCUCGAAAUGCUCCAGAAACACAGAGCAACGGGAACAAGUCCGUCUAUCUUGGCUAAUCGCGUGAGCUGGUUUUACGAUCUGCGAGGAACCAGCCAAACUCUUGACACUGCCUGUUCAAGUAGCUUAGUGGCGUUUCAUCAAGCCUGUACCGAUGUACAGUCGGGGCAAUCCAGCAUGGCGAUCGUAAGCGGUGUCAACCUCAUUGAGCAUCCUGCUUCAUUCAUGCAGCUGAGUACCCUCGGGGUACUGUCCCCAGAUGGCAAGUGCUUCAGUUUUGAUAAUCGGGCCAAUGGCUAUGGCCGAGGAGAAGGUGUUGGCACCAUCAUUGUGAAGCCGCUAAGUGCAGCAAUUCGAGAUGGAAACACAAUCCGCGCUAUCGUUCGAGGCACUGGCUCCAACCAGGACGGCAAAACCCCUGGGAUGAGUCUGCCCAGCCCUCAAGCACAGGAAGCGCUCAUCAAGCAGGUGUACGCCACUGCAGAUCUUGAUUUGAUGGACACCAGCUAUGUCGAGGCUCAUGGAACGGGCACGCCGGUCGGGGAUCCAUUGGAGGUACGAGCCAUUGCAAACGCCUUCCGAAUUGCCGACAGAGCUUCACCACUUUAUAUUGGCAGCGUCAAAGCCAACUUAGGUCACCUGGAAGGAGGUGCCGGGAUAGCAGGUUUAAUCAAGGUGAUUCUGAUGCUUGAAGCCAAAACAAUUCCCGGUCUCGCCAAUUUCGAACGGCUUAAUCCCAAGCUUGAGGGCCAUUCGAAUCUCGUGUUUCCCCAGGGCCCAACGUUUUGGUCGGAAUGCAAUCAUGUCCGUCGUGCUUCGAUCAAUUCCUUUGGAUUCGGUGGGACAAAUUCCCAUGUUGUGCUCGAGGGGCAGACAGGUAAGCUGGCACAAAUCUCGCAGCAAUUAACGCGCUGGGCUGUGACUGAAACAAAUGCAGGAGCUAUGCAAUGGCAUAGAACUGAGAUGAGCUUGUCACCCACUCCACCUCCCUACAAAAAGGCAAACGGAACCGUCCAUCACACCAAUUCUCUCGCUCUCACCCUCAACCAGAAAUUCGAGAGCAAUAUAGCCGCCUCGCUUGUGUUUGCUCUUUCAGCAUCAGACCAGCUUGGCCUAGUUCGAAACAGCAAAGCCCUCAAGGAUCACCUUGAGCCACUGCUCCAUGCUCAAGACGAAAAUGAGCUAUCUCGCUAUCUCGCUGAUCUUGCCUACACGCUGAACGAGAAGCGCAGUAGUCUCCGGUGGAAGACAUUCCACAUUGCGAGUUCAGCUGAAGAGUUACUGAGGGAGCUCGACACUGGCUCUCCCCCGGCAUUCCGCACAAAAUCUACGGCAUCCAAAAUCGGAUUUGUCUUCACGGGGCAAGGAGCACAAUGGUCGAAAAUGGGAUCAACUCUUCUUGCAUAUCCCGUGUUCCGCAAAAGUAUCGAGGACGCAUCAUCGUUUCUGGGUGGACUUGGCUGUCCUUACAGUGUUCGAGAUUUGUUUGAACAUGGGUCCCUCGAGAUCAAUCACCCUCUUCUCUCGCAGACGAUUUGCACUGUGCUACAGGUGGCUCUGGUUGACUUGCUGGCGAGCUGGAAAGUUUUGCCCUGCGUGACAGUUGGACACUCAUCCGGGGAGAUUGCCGCGGCUUACUGCUCCAGAAAACUGACUCGACAGGCCGCAUGGAAGAUUGCCUACUACCGGGGUCUGGUUUCUGUGCAGCUUCACAACCAAAACUCUGGUGGCAUGAUGGCAGUUGGGGCUUCCGUCGAUAGUGUGCUUGAGCAAAUGAAACUUCUGGAACAUGAAUUCCAGAACCUGCCAGAGAUCGGAUGCUUCAACAGUCCCAAAAACGUGACUGUCACUGGCGAACGUGCUGAGCUUCUUAAGCUUCAAUCUGCACUGGAUCAAGCCCAUAUAUUUACCCGGAAUUUGGCAGUUCAGGUUCCCUAUCACUCGCAACAGAUGCGGUCGGUCGCCAAUGAAUAUGAAUCGCUUCUCCGUGACCUCUCCCAUGGCGAGAAACUAGCCUCGUGCCAGGAGGUGACCAUGGUAUCUUCUCUGUCUGGCUCCAUGGUGGAAGAAAACGACUUGGACAGUGCCCGUUACUGGGUCGAGAAUCUUACAUCCCCGGUUCGAUUCUCGGAUGCUCUAUUGAGAUUUUGCUCAAAAGGUCAAAUGGCUGGAGGAGUCCAGACAGCACAUAUCGAUGAGCUGGUUGAGAUUGGGCCUCAUUCCACCUUGUGCAGUGCCAUCAGAGAAGGACUGGGGUCUUUGUCGGGCCUCAAGUCAAUCGAAUACACUCACGCCAUAACCAAGAAAGAGUCAUCCAACAGAACAUUAUUGGCAACGCUUGCUACAAUCCACAGUCGAGGAUACCAUGUGGACCUCGAUGCAGUGAACCAGUCCCCGAAGCCAUCCCUGCUCAACAGAAGAACAUUGACGGAUCUCCCUCCGUAUAGUUUCAAUCAUGAAAAGUCAAGCAGAACCCAGACACGAUUGAUGAAAAAUGUCCGGUUCCCUCGCCAUGCAAGAAACGAACUCCUCGGCUCGCCUGUAUGGGACUGGAAUGAUUACGAGCCAAAAUGGCGGAAUUUCCUGCGUACUUCAGAAAUGCCAUGGAUCAGGGACAAUCAGGUUUGUUUCUAUGAAAGCAAUGGCAGGCUUUAUACAGGUGCUAAUACGGAGAACAAGUUAAACGGAACAAUCAUCUAUCCCGGUGUGUCUUCUUUAAUUAUGGCCAUGGAAGCGGCAAGACAAUUGAAAGAUGCGCCUCUCCAUCCUCGCGGAUAUCGAGUGCGCAACGUGGCAUAUAAAGCGGCCUUGCUAAUCCCCGAAACCAAGGAAGGCAUUGAAGUUUCCUUCAGCAUGCGAAGAACGGAAAAUCUUACAGAGGGCCACCAGCCUUGGUAUGAAUUCCACUUGAUGUCGUUUGAUGCGGAGAAAGACUUCUGGGUGGAACAUACCUCUGGGCUUGUGCGAGUGGAGGGUGAAGUUCAACAGAAUGACCCUGACGGCACUACUGGGCACCUGUGGAACGAUCUAUCUCUAAAAUCAUUGACGGCUGCACAUCAGAAUUGCACUGAGGUCUUGGAUGUUCAGGAUUAUUAUCGCAAGCUGGACUCUUCUGGCGUGUGUUUCGGGCCAACGAUGCAGAAUCUGACGGAGCUGGUUAUUUCACAGUCAGAAAAAGACAUUUUUGGCAAGGUUGGGGUCCCUGUGUUGCCACAGGAUAUGGAAGCAGGCCAUGGAAAGCCGCUUAUCAUGCAUCCCACGGUGAUGGAAAGCAUGGCCCAAAUUCUGCUGCCCAUUUGUACCUCGCAAGAGUCACCACUCGGAUCGGAGCUUCUCACCACUUUCACGGAAGAAAUCUGGGUCUCAGCUUCAAUCUCCAGUCACCAUGAAGACGCAUUCCAAGCCCGCGCUUGGAGUGUGCCGAAAAGCUCGUCACGAUGGCUCGCCAACAUGGAUGUGUGGAAUGCCACACAGGAACGGCAAAUCAUGACUCGGGGGAUGGUGCUGGUGGCACUCUCCCAGAACAAGGAGUUUUCGGCUGACGUUUCUCCCUGUUACCGAGUCAGCGCAAAUCUCAGCACUGAUCUUCUUGCAUCUGCCGCUGACUUCCAGUCCUUGCAUCAAGAUCUCUUGGAGCGCAAGGACACUACUCAUCUACGGCAGAUGGAGUUGAUGAGCGCCAGUUUCAUUUCAGAAGCACUAACCAAGGUGAAAUCUCUCUCCAAGGCCGUUCUACCCGAGUAUCAACGAUUUUAUACUUGGAUGCAAGAUACGGCCUCUGAGACUGAAGCGGGUUCAUCACCAUUUGUCCAACCGGCUACUCUUUCCAAUCUCAAUCAGGACCUAGAAGCCAGAGAUCGGUUGCAACAUGUCCUCUCUGCUUCUAGUAACCGGGGAAACUUUUGGUUGAGUCAUCUGCAGGAAACAGCCCGCAAGGAAGCCCCUUGGGGUAACAUUAAGCCACUAUUCUCGCAGUACCUCGCUGCUCUGGGAGAGAAUCACACCAAUAUCAAGGUCUUGGAGGUGGGUGCAGGAACUGGCAAUGUAACCGAUCAGGUUUUGGAGGCUAUUGGAUCCAGCGUCACUCGAUAUCAUUUCACCGAUGUGACCGAUGCCUCAUUUGAAAACUCUCAACUCAGAUUGAGCGAUUGGUCCCGAAAGAUGCACUACAGCACGCUUCAAUUAGGAUUGGACGUUCCUAGCGAGAAUUUUCAAGCUGGAUCCUACGAUUUAGUCGUGGCAGCUCAUGGACUCGCAAUUUCCGAUGCACACAAGACGUUGAAUCAGUUGCGAAAUCUUUUAACACCUGGUGGGAAAUUGAUCUUGAUUGAGAGUAAUAACCCCAAUCUCAUGUCUUUGCCGAUAUUAUUUGGAAUGCCCACGGAGUAUUUAGACAAGACUCGCCUUCAAGAGCAGGAAUUAAAGACAUUGCUGUCUCAAUCCGGCUUCUGCCAGAAUCCCCUGGUGUUCUAUGACACCGAUGAGGAGCAUGCCCGAGAGAUGGCACUUUUCGUUUCAACGGCAGUGGAAAAUGAGGCGACACCCAAGAUUCAGAGCAGUGGAAAAAGCCAGAAAUGCUUUAUUGUCUAUGCGGGCACUGACAGCACUGCUUUCGAGAUUUGCUCUUUACUGAAGUCUGAGCUCGCAAAUAUCUCCGACUUGGAAGUUACCGCAGUGGAGGCUCAGUAUCUUAGAGCACACGAUCUUCGAGGCUCGAUCUGUCUCAGUUUGCUGGGCCUAGGUGCAUUUGAUUUUUCAGUCAUCAGCCCCGAUGGCUACGAAGACAUCAAACAGAUGCUGCUGACGUGCCGUGGCCUGAUUUGGGUCACCAUCGACACACUCUCCAACCCCCUAGCAUCUAUGGCAACGGGAAUACUCCGCACCACUCGCUCCGAGCGCCAUUUUGAAGAUGUGAAUCUUAUCACGUUGAGUUUUAGUGAUCCCCAGCCAGCUCCCAGACGUAUGUCGGAAAGUAUCCUGCAGCUCUACCACGCGAGCUUUGAGGGUCUGCAAACUCUCAAAGGUAAUGGUGAAUACAUAUUCCAAGAUGGCCUAUUCUGGAUCAACAGGCUGCACGCUGCCCCUGAUGUGAAUCCUUUCUUGGAGUCAGGAGUCGCGUCUCAGCCGACCACAGAGCCACUGGGACUGAAUUUAGACACGCCACUGAAGCUGGAGAUGAAGCAGCCAGGGGACCCCAAUUUGUUUGAAUUUACUUUUGAUCCCUCGCAGGAGUCAUUGCCUCUUGACGACCAAGUCAAAAUCCAUGUCGAGUUUUGCGGCCUUGGCUCCAUUGGCGCGACAUCUACGGUGGAAGAAGGCAUCGAGAACAGUCUGGGACGCGAGGCAACAGGCCGAGUUGUUUGCGUUGGCGACGGAGUCAAGCAUCUGCGAGUUGGAGAUCGAGUCAUGACCUUCAACCCCUCGGGAGCUCUAGGGACAUAUCUGAUUGUCCCCUCCCAGUCAGCCCAGGUGAUUCCACCAACGACGGAUUUCAGACAGGCAUCCGGGAUUCCUUUCUAUUUCUGCACCGCCAUUUACGCUCUCUAUGAAAUUGCCAGGCUGCACAAAGGCGAGACGGUGCUUAUUUACUCGGCCGCAAGUGGUGUCGGCCAGGCCGCGAUUCAGCUCGCAUCUCUGGCCAAAGCUCAAGUCCUGGCGGUGGUCAGGACUGCCGAGGAGAAGGAUAUUCUCACCAAAUUCUACGACUUAGAAGAAAAACAAAUCUUCUGCGGUGAGGACGACUCUUUACAGGCCGGCAUUGCUAUUGCCACCCAGGGACGUGGCAUAGACGUGGUGCUGCGGACCAGGGGUAGCUCGGUCUCUGACACGGCCUGGAGAUCCAUGGCUCCGUUUGGCAGGUUCCUGGAUCUCAUGCAAAAUGAAGACUCUUUUCGCACCACACUGGACAUGCUGCCAUUUUCCCGCGGUGCCGUUUACGCCACAAUCGACAUGGUCAAGAUGGCUCAGGACAAGCCCGACCGUGUUUGGGGCGCUUUGAAAGAUAUCGCCCUCCUAUAUCAAGAGAACAAGAUCAAGGGGCCCCAGCCUUUGGUUCAGUUCAAUUUCUCAGAGAUCGAACGGGCAGUGUCGUAUGCUCGAGAUGGAAAGACCCCUGGGGCAGCAAUCCUAGUGCCACACCAGGAGGACAUGGUUCCGAAACGGCCUGCUCCAGUACCUGCAUAUCACUUUCCGGAAACCACCUCCUACGUUCUGGCUGGAGGGCUUGGGGGACUGGGAAGAAGUAUCGCACGGUGGAUGGCCUCUCGCGGAGCAAGAAACUUCAUUUUUCUUUCCCGGUCCGGUGUACAAGGAGAGAGCACAGCGAGCUUCGUGCAAGAGCUGCGUGACCGGGGCUGCCGUGUUGAAGUUGGGAGGUGCGAUAUCAGCAAUGUCGAUGUGUUGGCGGAGACUCUCGACUCAUACCGAUCGAGCAUGCCCCCGAUCAGAGGGUGUUUCCAAUGCUCGAUGGUUCUGAGGGACUCCAUGCUUUCCAACAUGUCCCAUGCGCAGUUCAUCGACUGCAUGACACCCAAGGUUCAAGGUUCUGCGAAUCUGGCCAGAGUGCUUCCGCGGGAUCUUGAUUUCUUGCUCUUCCUCUCUUCAUCGUCUGCUAUUAUCGGGAACCGUGGCCAGGCCAACUACAGCGCCGCGAACAUGUAUAUGGACACCUUGGCAGAGCAUCUUGUCCGGGACGGGUUGCGAGCCAUGUCGAUCAAUCUCGGCAGUGUCCUGUCGGCCGGCUGGCUUGCUGAUAACAAAGACAGCAAGUUGACGGGAGCACUGUCCCAUUUGACCACCAGUGAAGAAGAGCUUCUUUCGCUGAUCGAGUACCACGUGGACCCGCGCUGGAAUGUUGCAGGCUCCAUCGAGACCUGCCACACCGUAGCUGGGCUACGGACCGCAUCGUAUUUCUCGCGUCGCGGUGUCACACAGCCCGAGUUCUUUGAGGUCCCGCUUUUUCAGCAUCUCCACACGUUAUCAUCGAAGGCCGAGGAAGACUCGGCGAGCAAGCAAGAUUCGGAUAGCACUCUCAAAGAACAACUCCAGGCGGAAGCUGAUCCCGCCACGGUUGUGGAACGUAUUUCGGGCGCCGUCGCAAGAAAGCUUUCAGCGAUGAUGUCCAUUCCGGAAGAAGACUUCGAAUACAAUCGGGCUAUCACUUCGUACGGGGUGGAUUCGCUGGUGACGAUGGAUUUCCGCGGCUGGGUUGCUAACGUUUUCGCUGCUAAGGUAUCCACAUUGGAUGUGGUGAGUGGUAACAGCAUUGGGGAUUUGAGCCGGAAGAUUGCUGUGAGCAUGGCGUUGAUAGCGGAGUGA